AAAUUAUUCGUCUUCAAGUCGCGACCGGAUUGGUCGAUUAUGGUUUUUUUGUCCAGCCUCGAUGUGAUCUGAAUACGAACCAUAGUUUCUCGUCGUUCAAUUAUUUCUUUUUCCAUGGUUAUUCUGUAGUUGACUGGUUCAGACGGUUCAGUUCUGAAUGCGUAUUGUUUGUAGGUUAUUUUGUUGUGAAAGAACACAAUUUUCAGACUAUUUCUUGAAAUUAUAUUAUAUAAAUGCUAUUUUUAGCUUUGCAAAAUAUUUAGUGUAUUUUAAUUAAUUGCUUUGUGACAAUUUUGUAAAAUAAUGCCAUUAUUUUUCUGGCAAUUGUUGAUCUUGUGAAAACAUCUUUUAUUUAUAUAAAAAUUCUUUAGGAGACAGUAAUAUUCUAAAAACUAAAGUUUAGUUAAAUAUAUUUAAUAAAGGAUGUCGGAUGACUCAAGCUUGUACAGAUUAGACGGGAGUGAUGGAAAUCAAGCAGGAGGUCUGAUAAUCCGUAAGAAAGCUUCUGAUCAUACUUUUAAGAAGCCUUCUCUGCUAGGCCUCGAGAAACUUGCAGAGCGAAAGAGAAGAGAACAGUCACAGGAACCUACCAGCUCAAAGUCUGACAAAUCGGAGGGAAAGGACAGGAGAUAUCGGUCCUAUGAAGAAGAAACUCCUACUCACACCGGUGGUGUCAACACUGAAGCACAACGGAGAUUAGAGUCACGACUCAAGCGUCAGAGAUUGAACGCAGAUGAUAGAAGCUCUAGAAAUUCAUACAGAAGUCGUGACAGAGACAGAGACAGAGAUAGACGAAGAGACAGGGACAGGGAUAGUCGAGGUAGAGAUAGUACGAGGCAAACACCUCUUAGAUUCAAAGAUGAACCGCAGACACCCAAGUUCCGAACCAAGGAUCCCACUUCCAAAAGUAAUUGGGACGACGACGAGGAUGAAGAACCACGACGAUCGAGUUGGGAUCAUCCCACACCAAAUAUUUAUGGUAAUAGAGAUGGUCGCGAUAGCGUCAGAAGCGAAUUUACUCCUUCCUACAAGUACAAUCCUUGGAACAGAGAUUUUAAGAAUUCUGGUGCCACUCCGCUGAUAGAAGGAGAGGAGAAGGAAUUGUGGGAAGAGGAGCAGCAAAGAUUGGAUAGAGAGUGGUACGCAUUGGACGAUGGAGAAAACAAUGCUUUUGCCAACGUGUCUGAAGAAUACACGCGAAAGAAGGAAAUGGAACUGGAAGCCAGGAGACAGAAGCGCCUUUCGGCGCAACAGCGACAAAUAAAUAAGGAUAACGAGCUGUGGGAGCGUAAUCGCAUGUUAACGUCGGGAGUUGUGAGCUCGUUGGAUCACGACGACGACCCCGAUGACGAGGGCGAGGCGAGAGUUCACUUGCUAGUCCACAACGUGGUCCCGCCAUUCCUGGACGGUCGCAUCGUGUUCACGAAACAACCGGAACCGGUCGUACCUGUACGUGAUCCCACUUCCGACAUGGCUCUGGUAGCAAGAAAAGGUUCUGCGCUGGUGAAGGCGUAUCGCGAACAAAAGGAGAGACGUAGAGCGCAGAAGAAACAUUGGGAAUUGGCUGGAACACACAUUGGCAACAUUAUGGGUGUACACGAUCGGCGGAAAGACGACAAGGAGCAUGCGGGACAAGAGACGGAUUUUAAAGCUGGACAGAAAUACGCACGUCACAUAGGAGCAGGAGAGGUAACGGGAGAAGCUAAGCACAGAUCUAUUCAGCAUCAGAGGAGAAGUCUCCCUGUAUUCGCAGUACGUCAAGAACUGCUGAACGUUAUCAGGGAGAAUAGCGUCGUUAUAAUAGUAGGUGAAACAGGCAGCGGUAAGACGACACAGUUAACGCAGUAUCUUCACGAGGAUGGCUACAGUCGCAAUGGUAUAAUUGGUUGUACUCAACCAAGAAGAGUUGCCGCUAUGUCUGUUGCGAAAAGAGUAUCCGACGAAAUGGCCACUGCCCUAGGCGACAAGGUUGGAUAUGCGAUACGUUUUGAAGACUGCACAUCGAAGGAUACGAUCAUCAAAUAUAUGACUGACGGUAUUUUGCUGAGAGAAAGUUUGAGAGAAGGAGACUUGGAUCGGUACAGUGUCAUCAUAAUGGACGAAGCUCACGAACGGUCGCUUUCCACCGACGUAUUAUUCGGUCUUCUUAGAGAGGUUGUCGCUAGACGGCAUGAUCUGAAAUUAAUCGUAACUUCCGCAACGAUGGACUGCAGCAAGUUCUCCGCCUUCUUCGGUAACGCGGCAACGUUUCAAAUACCUGGACGCACGUUUCCCGUCGAGGUGCUGCACGCGAAGAAUCCGGUCGAGGAUUACGUAGACGCGGCUGUGAAGCAAGUCAUGCAGAUUCAUUUGCAGCCCAAGAGCGGCGACGUUCUUGUCUUCAUGCCUGGUCAGGAGGAUAUCGAAGUCACUUGUGAAGUUCUGAAGGAACGUUUAGCCGAAAUCGAGUCCGCGCCGCCUCUUUCCAUACUGCCCAUCUAUUCCCAAUUACCCUCGGAUCUGCAGGCAAAGAUCUUCCAACGGUCUGAGGGUGGUCUUCGCAAAUGCGUCGUGGCGACUAAUAUAGCAGAAACGUCGCUGACGGUCGACGGAAUCGUUUUCGUCGUCGACUCUGGAUACUGUAAACUGAAAGUGUACAAUCCUCGAAUAGGUAUGGACGCUCUGCAAGUGUAUCCCGUGUCGAGAGCCAACGCUGAUCAACGACAAGGGAGAGCUGGUCGUACAGGUCCUGGUCAGUGCUACAGAUUGUAUACGCGAAGGCAAUAUUUGGACGAGUUAUUAUUGACUGGUGUUCCCGAGAUACAACGUACGAAUUUAGCUAACACGGUACUCCUGCUGAAGUCUCUGGGAGUACAGGAUCUAUUGGCGUUCCAUUUCAUGGAUCCACCGCCGCAGGAUAAUAUACUCAAUUCGUUGUAUCAGUUGUGGAUUUUGGGUGCGCUCGAUCACACUGGACGCCUGACCGCUCUCGGCCGGCAAAUGGCCGAGUUUCCUCUGGAUCCGCCACAGUGUCAGAUGCUCAUAGUCGCCUCGCAACUCAACUGCACCGCGGAUAUUCUCAUUAUCGUCUCCAUGCUGUCGGUUCCAUCGAUUUUCUAUCGACCCAAGGGACGCGAAGAGGAUUCGGACUCGGCGCGUGAGAAGUUUCAAGUACCUGAAUCGGAUCACCUGACAUAUUUGAACGUGUACAAUCAGUGGAAGGCAAAUGGUUAUUCAUCUUCCUGGUGUAAUGAUCACUUUAUACACGCGAAGGCGAUGCGCAAGGUGCGGGAAGUUCGGUCGCAGCUCGAGGAGAUUCUGAAGCAACAGAAGAUGGACGUCGUCAGCUGCGGCACUGACUGGGAUAUCGUCCGGAAGUGCAUCUGCUCCGCCUAUUUUCAUCAAGCGGCGCGUUUGAAGGGUAUCGGCGAAUACGUCAACUGUCGUACCGGGAUGCCGUGUCACCUUCAUCCCACCUCUGCGUUAUUCGGCAUGGGUUUCACUCCCGAUUACGUCGUAUACCACGAGCUUGUGAUGACCGCCAAAGAAUACAUGCAAUGCGUCACCGCGGUGGACGGUCACUGGUUAGCCGAGUUGGGCCCCAUGUUCUUCAGCGUGAAGGAAACCGGCAGAAGCGGCCGCGCGAAACGACGACAAGCGAUGCAGCACCUGCACGAGAUGGAACAUCAGAUGAAAGAAGCCGAAGAGGAGAUGAAGGCGCGCGCCCAGGAGCAACUCGAACGCGAACAGGCGUCAGUCCGGAAGAAGGAAAUAUUAACGCCUGGCAUCAGAGAACCGGGUACUCCCGCUCCCUAUCGCAACACUCCCGGAAGAUUAGGAUUGUAAUCAGAUUUUUUGACGUGUGUACUGUUGCAAAUAUUUCAUUACUUGCCAAAAGAACGGACAUUCUUUUUUCUUUGUAACGUGGUUGUACAGAAAUUGUUACUGCACGACUAAUAGCAGUUGAAAUUAUAUGUAUAUACCGUAUAUGUAAUUAAAAUCGUGGUAAGGACAA